AUGAACUACGAUCAUUUUCUUUUUGAUAUUGUCUAUACUUAUGUCAAUGGUAGUAAUGAAGAAUAUACUCGAUUGAAAGACUACUGGUUUUCCAUCAACGGACCAGUUUUGGGCAGCGAUCGUGUGCAAGAACGUCAUAGCACUGCAUCAAGUCUAUCGAAAGACAACAAUGAAUUAUGUUUUUCAUUAAGAAGUAUUGAAAAAUAUAUGCCUUCGUUUCGUGGUCAUAUCUAUGUUGUAGCUGAUCAAAUACCUAAUUGGUUAAAUAUUUCAAAAUCACAAUCACAACUCCGAGUAAUCUCAACUCAAAAAAUCAUAGAUCAUAAGUACCUUCCAACAUUUAAUUCUCAUGCUAUCGAAGCCAAUCUUCAUAAAAUUCCACAUUUAAAAGAAUUUUAUCUUUAUUUUAACGAUGAUUACAUAUUCGGACGUCCAGUUUCGAUUGAAGAUUUUUUCCUUCAUGGAAGAUGCCCGGUUAUUUACGGUGAUGAUCGUUUAACAUCGAACACCAAUUUAACAUUAAAUAUUCAUAAAAAAGCAAUGUUGAAUACAAAUUUUUUACUCGACAAUUUGUCGUCCAAUGCAAAUACAAAUGUAAAUAGAAGUGAUCGACACUUCCUUCCGCAUGCUCCACAUCCACUUAGAAAAUCAAUUGCUGAAAAGGUUUGGUUCUCGAAAUUCGCCGAAGUUCAUCGCGAACAAUCAUCACACAGAUUUCGUGACAUGAAUGACGUUCAUCCCACCUAUUUCAUUUCACGAUAUAUGAUUGAACAAGCGAAUGUGUGUGUCGAACAACGACGAAUGAAAAGUGCUUGUCCACCUGAUGGAAUAGAUUUUUGUAAUCAAGUACUUACGAAUAGUUUCAAAAAAGCGAGGCUAUUUUUUAAUGAACUUCGUCAACGAUCACAGAUGCCAAAAUUUCUAAGUAUUAACGAUCGUACACGUGCAAAUUAUACAAAUCAGGGUAGAAUUCAUCAAGAAUUUCGACAUUUUUUAAAAGAAAUGUUUCCACAGAAAAGCAAGUUUGAAUCAAGAGAUUGUACACUGUGA